CGCCAAUCCACCCCCCAAGCGGCCUAAAUGUCCCUCUUGCUCGAAGCAGAGAGAUAUAUCGCUAACCAGAGCUCCCAUCUUGCUCUAAAUGCUUUCAUAGCCCCGUUACGCCGCGACGUGGGGAAAUGGCAAGAGAAGGUCCAGGAUGCGGACCUCCGCAGAAAUCAGGGGAAAUCGAAAUCAAAAAUAGACGGCCGAUUGAUUGCUCUCAAAGAUAACAUAUGCACCCGUGAUUUUCCCACAACAUGCGCUUCAAAAUCUCUCGAGACCUUCACGAGUCCAUUCAACGCGACAGUGGUUCGACAGUUGGAAGAUGCCGGGGGGGUCGUGGCUGGAAAGACCAAUCUCGAUGAAUUUGGAAUGGGAUCUCAUUCUACUCAUUCGCGAUUCGGACCUGUGAAAAGUGCACGGCGCCAGGCCGAUUUAGAUCAUCUUUCCGCCGGUGGGAGUUCUGGUGGAAGUGCUGUGGCCGUUGCUACCGACCAAUGCUAUGUGGCACUGGGGACCGAUACGGGCGGUUCUAUCCGACUCCCUGCUGCGUACACUGGGGUCGUUGGCUUUAAACCCUCGUACGGAUUAAUCUCGAGGUGGGGGGUAGUUGCUUAUGCAAACUCCCUGGACACUGUCGGGAUUCUCGCAAAAACAACGUCCACAGUCGGGGAUGUCUUCAACAUCCUCAACCACCAUGACCCACGCGAUCCGACGAGUCUUUCCCCCUCAUCUCGAUCCCGAAUAUCAUCGCCGCCCCACCUCGCCUCGCGCUCGACAUCGUCGCCUCUCAGAAUCGGCGUGCCGGUUGAAUAUAACAUCUCCGAGCUGACUCCCUCGGUUCGACGCGCUUGGCACCGAUCGCUAGAGUACAUGCGCGAGCAAGGGCACAGCAUUCAACCAAUCUCCCUUCCGAUGACAAAGCUGGCCCUGUCAGCAUACUAUAUUCUGGCCCCAGCAGAGGCCUCGUCGAACCUCGCCAAAUACGACGGCGUCAGAUAUGGAACCCGCUCUGAAGGUUCCGGCAGUGCAGGCGGGGGGGAUAGUGGCCCGGAAAGAUAUCUGUACGCCAACACAAGGGGCGAGGGAUUUGGCGCAGAAGUCCAGAGACGAAUCCUUUUGGGUGCAUUUAGUCUGAGUGCCCAAGCCAUCGAUAAUUAUUUUCUCCAGGCCCAGCGCAUCCGACGUCUCGUCCAACAGGACUUCAAUGCCGUUUUCCGAGCAGAGCACCCCUUAUCACGGCAGACCUUGGACGUAGAACGAAGAGCCAAACAACCUGGCGUAGAUGUCCUCAUCUGCCCGACUGCCCCGUCUCCCCCACCGACCAUAUCGGAUCUCACACACGCCAGCCGGACAAAGUCACCGCUGGAUGCCUACGUCAACGAUGUUUUCACUGUGCCUGCGAGCCUGGCUGGCCUCCCCGCGAUAUCAAUCCCAGUUCCUGGAAAUCACGGCCGCGAGGCCAAGGAUAACGAAGAUCUGACCGGUGUGCAAAUCGUCGGCCAGUACGGAGAUGACGAGCUCGUGCUCAAAGUAGGAGAACUUUUAGAGGGAUGUAAGAUGUAAAGCAUGUAUUCUAUGACAUUUUUUGGGGGGG